GUCAGUUGAGUGUCAAAAAAAGUUUAAAUUCCGUCUUGAAUUAAAACGAAAUUGUUGUUGCAAUUUUCUGUUGAUCUUUUCAGUGUUUUAUUCACAAUAUUUAAGCUCCGGUACUGUAUAUAAGGCAUAAAAAAUAAUUGUGAGCAGAGCUAGAGCGAUAAAUGAUACGCGAUUAAGUUCACAAUAUGUAUUUCUCAUCAAUUAGUUCACGAUUAUUACUGUAUGAUAUCAACAGUUGGGAUCUAAAGAAGUCAUAUGGGUGCUAUGAUGGUCUUCUAAGGGAUAUAUCUUGGAGUGAUGACAGCAAAUAUAUUUUGCAAGUUAAUUCAAAAGGCCUUAUAGAAAUCCUGAGCCCCGCUGACCACGAUGUUCGCAGUUUGCAACAUAUCCCCAUCAGGGACACAUGGUCGGCCAGUUUUCAUCGUGACGGACACAGGAACAUCGCUGUCGGCACCAAAAAUGGCAACGUCAUGAUCUGGGACACAAAAAACAAAACGAUCACCAAAACAUUCCCCACACCAGUUCAACAGUCAUGCGUCAAUUAUUUAAGUUAUAAUGCAAAGAACACAAGUCUAGCCGCUACCACGCAAAAUGGGGAUACAGUCAUUUACGGCCUCGUUUCAAACAUACCAGUAUUAACUGUUAAACUAUCAUGUUCUAGAAGUAUAUCUGCCAUGAAAUUCCACCACGAAUCCAGAUCGCUGCUUGGUCUGACCACUGAUGAAGGGCAUGUUGUUCUACGCGAUAUAACCACAAAUAAAGACAAGGUCUUCUUCGAGAAUGUUCACGCUUCCCCUGUUAGUGAUUUCGCAUUUUCUCUUAUCAACAAAGAUGUUUUGUUAUCCAGCGGUUAUGACAAAGUGAUGCAUGUUUAUGAUAUAAGACUACAAAAUGUGGUGUCAACAAUCCGUACUCCACAUACUUUAACCUCUUUGGCUAUAAAUAAUGAAAAUCAGGUGGCUCUCGGAACUAAAAAUGGCCUAGUUUUAGUUUAUGAUUUAAGGGACUUGGCGAACCCUUUUAAGGUUCUCAAAGGACACGAGGAAGAGGUACGCAGAGUUGCAUUCCAGCCUAAUAAACAUAAGACUGUAUCCGCUGACGUCAGUCUUCGGGAAGAUAUGGAAACGCUUUCACCCCAUAAAAUCAAUUCUCCAGUCCGUGGUAGAGCUUCGGACAUGUUUUUCACUAACGAUACACCGCCUAAAAAUGUUGAGCUGUCCGUCCAAGGGGAUGCUAAAGCGGACUCUUUUCUCGUUAUGAUGGGUCUGGACAAGUCCAAUGUAGAUUUCGAUGAAGAAGGUAACAAGUCUGAGAGGAAAAGUGAUAGGACCGAGUUAAGGUAUCGUCAAUUGGAUGCUGAGAAGAACAUCAGUAAAAUGUCGACACCGCUCAACAGCAGGACAGCUGAGACCCUGGGCUUCCCGUCUCCUAUAGGAAUAACGAAUGGUGUUCCGGACGACGGUCGGGGGUCUCACUUCAACUUGUCCAAUGUGAAACAAACAAAUUCAAAUGUGAAUGUUGCAAAUUUAGAUACGAAAGCUUUGGAAGAAAUGAAGGAUUUUGUUAAGUUGACACUUGCCGAUGUAGCGGAUGAUAACAGGAAUUAUUUCCUUCACAUCAUGAUGGCUCUCACGAAACAAAAGUUGUUUUUGGAAAAGCAGUUGGUGGGCAUGAACGAGCAAAUACAACACUUGGUACAAAAUCAGAAUGCACUCGUCGAGAUUAAUAGGAAGCUGGCCAUGGAAAUUGAUCAGUUGAAAAUUCAAAGGAAUCCUUUCUAAUUUGUUAUUAUUGUUGAGCAAAAAAAAAAAAAAAUUAUUUCGUUUAAAUGAAGUUGAAUCUCGAAAUAUAUUGGUAUUUUGUCUAUGUUUUAUUUUGUUUUUUUUUUUUUACGAUUAUGGAAUGAAUGGAAGGUCAUGUUACUAAAAGAGCCUUAAAUAUGGAAGUGGAAGGUUUAAGGAAUAGGGGAAGACCGGAAUAGAGAUGGAUCGACAGCAUAAAAUAUAGUAUUAGUAGAAAGGGAGUGACCAGUGAGAUGGCAAGUCACAGUUGUAAUUGGAAAAAACUAACAUACUGGUGCCGACCCCACGUAAAAAGUGGGAAAGGAUAACGACAAAGAAGAAUUAUGAAGAUUGAAUGUCUUUAGAUUUAGUCUAAGACUAUAAAAUAAUAGUCUUCAAGGGUUUGUCUGUAAAGACUUCGGAAUGACUGAACCGAUAACGAAAAUUAUUUCACUGUUAUAAAGGUGUCAUUCAGUUACAUGCGGGUGUUAUCUAUAGACUAUGCCUAUACUACGGACGAAGCCGCGCCGGGCCGCUAGUCGUGGUUAUAUUGUUUGUCCGUGAUUUAUGCUACAUGUUUUAAAUUAUUUAUCUGUAUUAGUUUUAUGCAUGACAAGCUGUGCCCGCGACUUUGUCCGCGUGGAAUAGUUAUUUUGGGCAUCAUUGAAGCCCUCAAAGAUGAAUAAUUUUCCCCGUUUUUACACAUAUUCCAUUAUUUCUUCGCCCCUUAUAAUUGCAGCGUGAUGUUAUAUAAAAGCCUAAAGCCCUCUUCGAUAAAUGGUCUAUUCAACGAAAAAGAAUUUUUCAAUUCGAACCAGUAGUUCCUGAGAUUAGCGCGUUCAAACAAACAAACUCUUCAGCUUAAUAAUAUUAGUAUAGAUAUUAAACAGAAGUCGAUUAAAGACACCUUUAUUCGUUGUUGAUAAGUUAUUUGUUGAAGAAAUACAUAAUUAUAAUAAUAAAUUUAUUGUAAAAUAUUCCACUUCGAUUGUGCCAAAAUAAUAUCUACUUUAAUUAUUAAUAAAUACCUUAACCGAAAUUAAAUAUACUUACCUAUCUCUUAGUCGCCUUUUACGACAUCCAGGGAAAAGAAUUGGAGUGGUCCUAUUCUUUUUUGUAAUGGUGCCGGGAACAACAAGGCACAAUGACAAUAUAGAUAUAUAAGUACAUAAGUAGAAUCAGAUACAUAUAAAUUAAAAUAACAAACAAGAUAAU